AUGCCUUUGGCUAGAGAUUUAUUACACCCUUUCUUGGAAGAGGAAAAGAGAAAACAUAAAAAGAAACAGCUAGUUCAAAGUCCACAUUCUUAUUUUAUGGAUGUAAAAUGUUCAGGUUGCUACAAGAUUACCACAGUUUUCAGCCAUGCUCAGACAGUGGUUCUUUGUGUAGGUUUUUCAACAGUUUUGUGCCAGCUUACAAGAAGAAAGGCCAGACACACAGAAGGUUGCUCAUUUAGAAGAAAGGAACACGAAUGA